UCAUGAUGAGGACAUUGAGAUGCUCUAGCCUUUUCGUCCUUGUUGUGUUCUUCGUAGGAUGCCUUGGCCUCGAAGAAAACAAGGAGGAAAAGAAACAUUUCAUUGUCUUUCUGGAGAAUCAACCUGUUCUGAGUGAGGUUGACGCAGUAGACAAUCAUCUCAAUGUCCUCAUGUCACUCAAGGAAAGCCAUGUGGAGGCAAAGGAGGCGAUGGUGUAUAGCUACACCAAAAGCUUCAAUGCUUUUGCAGCCAAGCUUACAGAACAGGAAGCCAACACAUUGUCAAAGAGGGGCGAUGUGACUCAUGUGAUCCCGAGCAGACGUAGAGAGAUUCAAACCACCCGAUCAUGGGACUUCAUUGGAUUUCCUUCCAAUGCAAAAAGACGGCCCAACCGGGAGUCUAAUAUUAUUGUGGGUUUAUUUGAUACCGGGAUCUCCCCAACAGCCGAUAGCUUUAAAGAUGAUGGGUUUGGUCCUCCACCUAAGAAAUGGAAAGGCAUCUGCCAAACGUCUGCCAAUUUCUCUGGUUGCAACAACAAACUCAUUGGAGCUAGAUAUUUCAUGCUCGAACGCAGCCCUGGACCCCAAGACAUUAUGGCACCGGUAGACGUCACCGGCCAUGGAACGCACACGUCCUCAACAGCGGCGGGCAAUGUAAUUGCUGGAGCCAGUCUCUCCGGUCUGGCCGAAGGAACAGCCCGUGGUGGUGCGCCAUCUGCAAGAGUUGCCAUGUACAAGGUCUGCUGGGUCGGUGUUGGGUGCUCUGAUAUGGAUAUUCUGGCUGCCUUCGACGCUGCCAUACACGAUGGCGUUGAUGUCAUUUCGAUAUCGAUCGCAGGCACCGGGUUCAGCAAUUACUCUGAGGACGUGAUGGCCAUUGGCGCCUUUCAGGCCAUGCAGAAGGGCAUCAUCACUGUGGCUGCCGCUGGCAACACUGGUCCGGCAGCUGGAAGUGUCGUCAACACCGCGCCGUGGAUUGUGACGGUUGCUGCCGGUACGAUUGAUCGGGAAUUUGUCACCAAGUUGGAGUUGGGCAAUGGGUGGAACAUCUCUGGAGUAGGAAUAAACCUAUUCAAUGAGCAACCAAAAAUGUACCCUUUGGUUGAUGGAGGCGAUGUGGCCAAGAAUCCAGGGGACGAAACCAGUGCGAACUUUUGCAUGGAGGGUUCACUUGAUCCAACCAAGGCCAAUGGCAAGCUUGUGUUCUGUCAAUUGAUGAUCUGGGGCGCUGAUUCCGCUGUCAAAACAGCUGGUGCCCAUGGCGCUGUGAUUCAAAGUGAUCAGUACUAUCUUGAUCAUACCGAUCUCUUCAUGGUUCCAGCCACCUUGGUUAAUAGCACCAUUGGUCAAACCAUUGAAGCCUACAUCAAGUCCACUAAAACACCGACGGCAAUGAUAUACAGAACAGUGCAACGGCAAGCAGCUGCUCCAUUCGUGGCUUCCUUCUCAGCUAGAGGCCCAAAUAAACGCUCCCGCCUCAUUCUAAAGCCGGACAUAGUCGCACCAGGAGUGAACAUAUUGGCAGCCUACACACCACUGAAUUCACUGACGGGGCUCAAGGGUGACACCCAACACUCAAAAUUCUCUCUCUUGUCUGGCACUUCAAUGGCCUGCCCUCACGUGGCCGGCGCCGCCGCCUAUGUCAAGUCUUUCCACCCUCUUUGGUCUCCUGCGGCCAUUAGAUCCGCCUUGAUCACCACGGCAAAACCUCUAAGUCGAGUACAGAGCCCGGAUGGGGAAUUCGGGUACGGUGCGGGACUUCUAAAUCCAGAUGGAGCCAGAGAACCGGGGCUAAUCUACGAGGCGGACAAAAUGUCGUACAUCCAACACCUUUGCGCACAAGGGUACAACGGAUCUUCAAUUUCCAUCCUCACCGGAGCAGGACCCGUAGACUGCUCCACUCUAAUCCCCGCCCAGGGCCAAGACUCUCUCAACUACCCAACCUUUCAACUCAGCCUCAAUAAUACUCGACACCCGGCAACCGCCGUCUUCUGGCGACAGGUCACCAAUGUUGGUAGUCCUGCCUCCGUCUACAAGGCUACCAUCACGGCUCCCCCUGGGGUCAAGAUCACAGUGGAACCAACGUCUCUGUCGUUCUCGUCUUUGCAGCAGACGCAGAGCUUUAAGGUGGUUGUGAAGGCCAAUCCUUUGCCGCCGCAAAACAUGGUAUCUGGUUCGCUUACGUGGGCUGAUGGUAACUAUGUUGUCAGAAGUCCGAUUGUUAUUUACACAUAUGAGGACCGAGAGGAGUGAUGAGGGUUUGAUUGUAUGAAGCUUAUGUGUUGGACUAAU